AUCUUCAAUGGUCUGCAUCACACACUGGCCCUACUGGCUCUCAAAGCAGCACUAUCACAAACAGUGACCAUCAGGAUUGUAUUGGUCUUUCUUCAUUUUGUUCUCCUCAGCAGCCCAAGCAAGGCUGCAGCAACACCUAAACCAAGGUUUCAAUUAUCAGACAAUCAUCACUGACUGGCUGCUGUCUGCUGUUCAAAUGUUGGGAGACAAGGCUCACGGUGUCACUUUGAAGGUUAUGGAAUACACGUAUGAUGAUGACCUGGAAGAGCUGUGUCCUGUGUGUGGAGACAAAGUAUCCGGAUAUCACUACGGUCUGCUCACUUGCGAGAGCUGCAAGGGCUUCUUCAAGAGGACAGUGCAGAACAACAAGAGGUACACAUGUGCGGAAAACCAGGAGUGUAAAAUAGACAAAACCCAGAGGAAGAGAUGUCCUUUCUGUCGCUUCCAGAAGUGCCUCAACGUCGGAAUGCGGCUCGAAGCGGUGCGUGCAGACCGCAUGCGUGGGGGGAGGAAUAAAUUUGGCCCCAUGUAUAAGAGAGACAGGGCCUUGAAGCAGCAGAAGAAGGCUUUGAUACGAUCCAACGGGUUCAAGCUGGAAAGUGCAGCUCCUCCGCCAGCCUCUCCUCUGCAGACUGACUACGGCUUCACCGGUACCGUGCACAGUCUGCCCACCAUCUCCAAAAGUCUGCUUCCCUCCACCCCGAGCUCCAUCACCCCUACAGACUACGAGGCCAACCUCUACGGACCCCCAUCUCUGGGCAUAUCCAUGCAGUCCCACAUGCCCCUUACCACUCAGUACCAGUACACAGCCUUCCCAAGCAGGGCAAUCAAAGCUGAAUGUCCCGACUACACCAGCUCCCCUGAGUCACUGACAGGAUACCCAUACCCAGACAUGUACCCCUCAGCCUCGCCACAGCCGCCUAGCCUGCCGCCGCUGGUGUUGGAGCUGCUGCGCUGCGAUCCAGAUGAGGUGGUGGUGCAGAAUAAGAUUGUUGCUCAUCUGCAGCAGGAGCAGGGUGGGCGCGGGCGGCUGGACAAGCCCAGCACCUUCAGCCUCAUGUGUCGCAUGGCAGACCAGACUCUCUUCUCCAUAGUUGAGUGGGCUCGGAGCUGUAUCUUCUUCAAGGAGCUCAGGGUGGGAGAUCAAAUGAAGCUGCUCCAUAACUGCUGGUCUGAACUUCUGGUCCUGGAUCACAUUUUCAGACAAGUGCAACAUGGACAGGAAGACAGUAUCCUGCUGGUGACCGGCCAGGAGGUCGAGCUGUCAUUCAUCCUGUCCCAAGCUGAGGCGACUCUGUCCAGUCUGGUCCAGAGAGGUCAGGAGCUGGCAGCGAGGCUUCGGGCACUGCAGCUGGACCGCAGAGAGAUUGCUUGUCUCAAAUUCCUCCUCCUGUUCAACCCCAAUGUGAAGCUGCUGGAGGACCAGGCAUUUGUGGAGGGCGUCCAGGAGCAGGUGAAUGGGGCUCUCCUGGAGUACACUCUGUCCACCUACCCUCAGUUCCAGGAGAAGUUCAGCCAGCUGGUGGUGCGGCUGCCGGAGCUGCGCUCCCUCAGCACGCAGGCUGAAGACUACCUGUGCUACAUGCAUCUGAGCGGAGAGGUGCCCUGCAACAACCUGCUCAUUGAGAUGCUGCACGCCAAGCGAGCCUGUGUGUGAGGGAUCCACGUGUGUUGCUCUAGGUGAGACUGUGUGUGUGGGAGGGAAAGUGUGAGUGAGAUGAAAACAACCAAAUGAAGAUAGACAGGUUCAUAUUGGGUCAUCCUUGUGAGGGCUUUUGUUUGAGUUAGAGAGGAGAAAAUGUUCUUUAGAGUUUGGAAUUAUAAAGCUACAUCUGUACUCAAGGUAGUUUGAACAUUUUGAAUGUUAAUGUUUUCAUAUCCUGCAGAGCUACAUUAAUGUGACCUUUAAAAACUAGAUUUUCUACCCUGUUUUCACAACUAGAUUUGCCUGUAGAGUUGCAUUAUAUUCUAUUGGACCAAACUACACAUGAAUCCAACAUCACCAAAAAGAUUUUCUACAUCCCACAGAGCUGCCCAGCAAACAUUUAGACUCAGAGGAAGAAGCUUCAGCCUGCAUCAGUGCUGCACAGUCAUAAAAAACAUGGUGUCAAAAUGACUGUUAAGAUAUUUGUC